CCUGCCCGGCGCCCGCUAAACGCGGCUUCUCCUUAGGGAGCCCGGCCCCGGGAACUCAGGAGGGGAGCUGCGGGUGUUGGGAGAAAAGAGUUGCCUUUGGCUUUCUAAUAGGACUUUCUCUUACCUAAAGUGUACUAGGAAAGGUGUGUUCCCCUUGGCUUUGAAGGUGCUAACUCUGACCAUUUUAACUUUCUUUCAGUUCUGUUAUGAGUUGCUAAAAUCAUGGUGAAAUGUUGCUCGGCGAUUGGAUGUGCUUCUCGCUGUUUGCCAAAUUCCAAGUUAAAAGGACUGACUUUCCAUGUAUUCCCCACAGAUGAAAAUGUCAAAAGAAAAUGGGUAUUAGCAAUGAAAAGACUUGAUGUGAAUGCUGCAGGCAUUUGGGAGCCUAAAAAAGGAGAUGUGUUGUGUUCAAGGCACUUUAAGAAGACAGAUUUUGACAGAAGUUCUCCAAAUAUUAAACUGAAACCUGGAGUCAUACCUUCUAUCUUUGAUUCUCCAUCUCACUUACAGGGGAAAAGAGAAAAGCUGCAUUGUAGGAAAAACUUCACCCUCAAAACCCUUCCAGUCACAAACCACAAUCACCAGCUUGUUGGUGCUUCCUCGUGUAUUGAAGAAUUUCAAUCCCAGUUUAUUUUUGAACACAGCUACAGUGUAAUGGACAGUCCAAAGAAACUUAAGCAUAAAUUAGAUCAUGUGAUCAGUGAGCUAGAGGAUACCAAGAAAAGUCUGCGGAAUGUUUUAGACCGAGAAAAACGUUUCCAAAAAUCAUUGAGGAAGACAAUCAGAGAAUUAAAGGAUGAAUGUCUCAUCGGCCAAGAAACGGCAAAUAGACUGGAAGCUUUCUGUUGGGUGUAUUGUCAGGAGAGCAUAGAUCAAGACUAUAUUUCAUGAAAUAAUUUUAUGUUAUGUUCUACCUAAAAUUGACAUUGUUCAGCUUUUUAGAAAAUAAUUCUUAUUUACUGUCAUUAAAUAUUAUCCAUCAUUUAGAGUGCUUCUCUGGAUCCUCUGCAGCAUUAAGCAUUAUAGUUCUUAUCCAAAGACCUUUUUUAAAGAGAUUCAGAAAUUUGUGCUAGUUUUCAUGUUUUUGUGUGACUUGUGGCAAUUAUGUUUUUAUAGACCUAAACUAGUGCCAGGUCAUUAUUGUAAGAUGUUGAAAGAUCAUGAAAAUUCCUUUAGACUAAGGAAAUGGUAUCAAACCAGGCAUGUUAAGCUAUAGUAGUAGGAACUGACCACUUCUUCAGCAGCAGCAGAUUUUUUACUUCAAAGGAGUACUUUUAUUAUUAUUUACGUAGAUAGUCUUUAUGGUAAAUAUGUUGAAUUGUACUUUAAAUGUAUCUUACUAUAAAGCAGAAUUUAUUUAUAACACAUGUCAAUCUUGGAUCCAAUCCAAGGUGCUUUUGUUAUCAGUAAUAUCAAAAGAUCUUUUUACAAGACAUCCUGUAGUACUGAUCCUGAGGAUAGCAUAUGGUGCGGAUCUUUUGACUUUUAAAGUUGUCCAGAGACAAGUUAAGAAGGCCCAGACGAGGUCUCAGUUUCUCAGUGCAGUACAUUAUUAUUCUCACUAGGAGCACUUUGAUGUAAACCUGCAGAGCUUUAAAAAUUUUAGAAAAGGUCAUAAAUCUGAUUUUUCUCAUAGCUAGUUACUCUGACAGUUCUGAACAUUUUGUUUUAGGACUGUUACUUCAUCAUAAAGGUAUAUCUUCAAAAUCUGAAUGCCAGUAUUAGAUGAAUACUUUUGAUGCUGCUUUAUAUUUUACAGAAAGAAAUGUUGCUGAGAUUUUUUUAAAAUACAAAAUAUAGAAGAAACCAUUAAAAAUGAUGUAGCUCUUCCAGCAGAAAUAGAAUUGGAGAAAGGAUACGAUAUUUUCCUUUAAUUGGAAGAGUAGAUUACCAUCGAGAAGCUUUUAUAUAGAGAAAUAGGUUAGAAAAACAGUAGCUUUAGAAUAGUUUCUUACUGAAUAUACAGAUAAUAAUUCUCUCUAUAGCUAUUUUCUGAUUCAUCUAAGUGUCAGAAAUUUUGGUUUUCUCCCAAUUUCUUAGUAAAAGCAACUGAAAUUAAGAGUCAUAAACACUAUGGAUUAGAAUAAAAUUUACUAGCCCAAAGUCAAAUUCUACUUUGAUGCAUAUGUACAUAUGUGAAUCUCAUUCAGACAUCUCUGCUCUAGUAGUUAGAAUUUGAGUGUCAAUUAUUUCAAUGUGUUAACUAGAAAUGAACUGCAUUUUGUGCUAAAAUGUUCAUUAUAAGUUUGUUUGUGUUAUAUAAGUAUCAGUAAGGAUAUGGUCACUUGAAUUUUUUUAUAUUUAAGAAUUUUGUUUUAAUGCAUGUUGUAUUUUUAUGUAGGAUUCCAAACCUUCCCUCUGAGUGGGAUUUUACCCACAUUUGACAGGUCAGCUUUAUGUUAAGAAAUCACUGAGGUGAUUUUAAAAAACUCAUUAGCUACCCAUUAUUUAUUUUGGUUGUUUAAUUUUGAAUUCAUAAUGGACACUCUAAAUGGGAAAUUAGGGUGUGACCUUAGGUUUUAUGGCGAUUCUGUGACAGAUACUGAGAUUUUUUUCCCUCUCCCUGUUUUUGAGUAUAAAAAUUAAGAUCAGUGGACAGUGGGAAAAGUAAAAGGAUAGAUCCAAAGCAGUGUGUCCAAAUUCUAGAUCUCCACAGGCUGCUUAGAAUAAGUCAAGCCCGGGAGAACUUCGCAAAAGUCAGGUCCCAGCUGCUGCCACUCUCACAGUUGCCAGUCGCUUUCCUACUUGUGUUCAGAAUGAAUUUAGCCCUUGGGUUCUUUUUCAUUGGUCUCAGUAUCACUAAGCAAGAGAGAACUGUGGGAAAAAUAUUGGUUUCAUCAAUGACUUGGAGCUACUCAUUUGCUCUUUAUUUUUAUGGAGAAGUGAUUACCAAUAGAAAUAUGACAUAACAAAUAAGGCCCUCCCCACCUGUCUCCCCAAACAAAUGCCUGAACACAGUAUAUACCUCGGUUCCCUGUUCCCAGAGAACAGUUCUUGGCCUGGGGAAGGACUGUCCUAUGCAGAGCAAAACCAGUCAUCCCCCAUCCAGAGGUUCCUCAAGCAACCAAGGCCAACCUAAGGGUUUCACUUUGCUUUAAAGUUUGGAGUAGCUUCUGGAUUCUGGAACAAGCCAAUAUACCAGUUCAACCUCAGCACCAAAUCAGGUACGAAGGACUUGACAUGCAUUUUUCUCCAUAUCAAGUUUAAAUCUUUAGACUUUGGUUCCUAAAGGUAGUUACAAUUAUAGCAUAGUCUUUGAGAAAAAAUGAAAUGUAUUAAAAUAUGUAUACUUAGUUUUGUUACAGAAAUAAUUGGGUGAAGAAUCCAUUAUAUAUUUGAAAAUAUAAAAUAUUUUCUUUAGUAAUGUA